UCCCAAUAAGAGCCCACAGUAGCUCUGUGGGGCGGUGUCCAGGCGGACAUAGAUCAGCCUCCACUUUACGCAUCAUUGCCUCGCGGAGGUGAACCCACGUUCAUCAGGCUGUUGGUGGGAUGUUAUUUGCUGUCUAGGGUCAAAAUAGGCAAUCGCGUUUCAACCCUCAGUGCUUUGGAGGUGAAUCCAUCGUCCUCAGAGUCUCAUAAAGUUGUGGUGAUGGGAGCGCGCGGAUGGAGCUCGGCGCGCCUCGGCGUUGUACUUGUCGGAUAUGUUUUGUCCGGGAUGAUGCUUCCCGCGGCGGAGGCUGGCUGCAGGGACAGGAACAGUCCAACUUGCUGCACCGGGAGGAAUAAUGAGUGCUUUGAAUACACGAAAAGAAAAACAGUGUGUUACUGCGAUGCCUACUGUCAGAAAACAAGAGACUGCUGCGAGGAUUACCAGCAAGUGUGCCAGAUAUCCGCAGCCCUUGACUGUGAGGUGGGCCCAUGGGGGUCUUGGUCUCCGUGCACAUCCCCCUGUGGCAUUGGCAGCACAGAAAGGAGUCGACAAGUGUCCGUCCCACCCAGAAACGGAGGAAUGCCCUGUCCAGACCUGAAGCAGCGGCGUGGGUGCUAUGGAAACAACGCCGUCUGCAGCUCAGCCAAAGAAGUGGCAAAGAUCCUGCCUGAUUCUUACAAGAGGAACUUCAAGGACCCAUGGAGACGGCCACACAUGCUCAUGAAGGAGGAGAAGGCCAGUUACUGUGUGUACCUGAGAGUGAAGCAGGCCAGCGUCGCAUGUAAACUGAAGCUGUGGAGCGCUCAGCUGGUGAGGGACCGGCUCGUCUGUGCAGAGUGUCAGAGCGACGCCAUGUCCAAGUCAGACCGCUGCGGAGGGGACGGUUUGGAGGGGUCCAGGACCUUCUGGGUGGCAGCCUCCGUCUCUGGCUGUCACGGCUCCUGGGUGAGAGAGUCUUCGUCCAAGGGCUGUCACUGUCCACCUUACUCCGUGCUCUUCGUGUGAGUCCAUUCACCUAAACACAGGAGCAACACAAAAACAAGCUACAAGAGACUUUCUAUAGAGUUUACACCACUGAGCACCACCAGCAUCCUGCCACUAUGUCCACUGUACUGUACGGGCAAUGAUAAAUAAGCUCACGGCGAUAGCAUUUCGUAGCCACAUUAAGUCGUUUUUCUUCCCAAAACACACAAGCCUCUAUAUUGCUUUUGCUUAUCUACCUCCUCUAUUGCUGGUGCAUAUGUUGUGAUGCACCAUGUACAAAUGAAUAGAUCGAUUAUUUUGCUUUAAACAUUUUAUAUUUUGACGGUGUUAUGUACUGUAAAUGUUAUGUGCCUAAAGUCAUAUUUGUCCAGUCUAAAAAGUACAAAAAGUUAGGGAUUUUUUACACUUUCUCUUAAGUAUUUUAUAAGUGCCUGACAUAAAUUACACCACGUGACCUACCAGCCAAAUACAACGCCAGCUUAAUGGACUCUCAGGUCUGAUGCUUGACCGUUAUGUUAAGUUUAUAUUAGAAUGGAGUAAAAACAAGGCGGAAGUGUUAGUGUGUUUACUUCUUUUUUGUUUGUUUUUUUAAAUAAUUUUGAUACAAACUCCAAAUCAACAAAUUAAAGGUUCACUGGGUAACUUUUCAGGUGGCAGGUGCACUAACUGUUGUCUCCAUGGAGAUAAUGACAUACUGCAGAACAUACCAAGCAAACCGCCCCACCCACUUUUGCCGUAAACGUGACGAAAUUGCGCUUUCUUUGUGGUGGCACUUCCAGUUAAGUGGGAAUGGAGAAUUUGGGAAAAGUUUUGCCUCUAAAAUCUGAUAUAAAGUAGUUUCAUUUGUGUAAAAUGUUUGAUGUUCAUGUGCACCAAUAAAUCAACAAUGCACGGAUUAUCUGGGAGACUUUUAAACAGCUCUGUAGUCCAUAUAGAACUUAUCUGCAGCCCCGUGCAAAAUAAUACAGCCCCAGUGACAAUGGUGGCACCAACAGCAACUUCUGGAUUAAGGUGAACAGCAGGUAGAGUAAACCACCAGAAAUAUUACACAAUGCACCUUUAAAUAUCCACAUUCCUGUAGUUUUUUACUUACACCAGGCUGUGGACUGAUGUUAGUGCUACUAUUAGGAACACCUGUCUACAUUUACAAGCUAAAGGUCUUCUGUGUAAAAGCUUUAGUUGUCUUUAACAGGAAGGCAGAAUCUAACUAAGAGCCGUUACUCCCAAUUUAUCAAUUAACAAGAAAACCUCCCCACACUCCCAGGACGACUCCUCAUUCCAACCAUGUUAUGACAAGCUAGGAGCAUAACACCUUAUGUAUUUGUAUUUAUUUAUUAUAAUCUGAUUUUUUCAUUCAUAAUUGUAGCGCAACAUUGUAUUUUUUGUACCCUGACUUUUAGAAAUAAAACAUAUAAUCUGUC